GUAACCAAAGGCGGAUGUUUUCCCGAUUUAGCAUAUUCGUCCGCUUUCGUGUGCUUGUCCUUGUACUCGAGGCUCCGUUUGGUACUCUUCUCUUUCUUUUCUUUACCCCUUCCUCGGAAUCCUAGAUCCCAUCAUCAUCCACACAAAAUCCGGAUUGCGUUUCUCUCCCCGUACAUCCACCGUCCAACGAUCUCCGUCAAGAAAAAAACGAAAUCGACCGGACCGUCUUUGAUUUCUCUCACGAACCAGUCAUGGCGACCCCUGAGGUUUUGCAGAGAGAACAAGAACUGCACCCGUCGUUUCCCCUCUUUGACCAUCCGAAAAGAGAGAAUGCAAAAUCCCGAGGCCUGGCGAUCGAGAAGAAGAUAGAGUUCCUCGAGAGCUUGGCCGGAAACGUUAGCAACCGAAGAUCGCGACGUUGGGUGAAUGACAGGUUGUUGAUGGAACUUGUUCCUCGUCUACACGCAGAAGAGAUUAGAGGCUUGUUUGCGCCACCACCUUGGGGUGAGGAAGUUCCGCUGUCAGCAUUUUGCAUGACAAGUAAGGGCGAGUGGGACAAAUUUAGGCAUAUUGACAUGGACAAAGAGUCAACCAUCAUUGAAGCCCUCAAGAGCUCUUCAUCAAAAAGGAAAGGCCGCGUGGAUGCUGACAAGACGGCUGUACUGAAUGCAUGGCAUCGAGUAGAUUGCCGAACUAGAGAGGCACUUCGCCGUAGCUUUCCUUCAGAUGUUGUCACUGGAUACGAGGAAUGCAUACGGGCCUUUAUCGAGGAGAGUGGAGAUGGAGAUGUGCUUAUGCUGCGUGUUCAAGAUCCUUUUCACAGGCUGUUGCUGCAUGGCGUCUCUGAGUUCUACGACUUGGUCUCAGUGACGGAGAUGCAGUUGGAGGGUACAGAGUCCUUGAAAACCACAAGGGUCAAGAAGAAGAAAGCAAGUUCUGUUGAGCUCCCAAACAUUACCCUUUGCCAGUUCCUGAAAAUGGCAAAGGAAGGGAUAUGGUAAUUUCAAGGGCCAGGAAUCCAAUCUCAAUUCCUAUGGCCAGGAAUCCAAGUCAUGUAAUAUGAUCUGAAUCCUCUGCAUCAACUCAUUUUGAUGCAUGGAAAUGUAAUAAAGUUAGUUCUUAGUCUUAGGACUUGUAUUGUAACUUAGAUUGAUGUUCCUCUUUUAUUUACCUUUGGAAUCGAUGUCCCCAAAUGUUGUGUAUAAAUCGUGUUGAUUAUGACGUAAUAAAUUCUAAAUUUGAUUA